GCGCGCCUCGCCUCGCCUCGCCGUCCACCGCGGAAACGAGCGCGCGCGCGCGCGCCGCGCCUCCGCGAUGCGCUCCCGCGGCGGCGCGCCGUCGUCGCUGCAGCACGACCACAUGCUCCAGGAGAACGACGACCAGUUGGCGGCGCUCGGCGGCAAGGUCUCGGCGCUGCGGGCCCUGUCCUACGACAUCGAGGGCGAGGUGCGGUCGCAGAACGAGCUGCUCGAGGACAUGGACGGGUCCGUCGGCGGCGCGGGCGACCUGUUGCGGCGGACCAUGGGCAAGCUCGACGCGAUGAUCGGCGCGGGCGGCAACCGCCACAUGUGGUACCUCGUCGCCUUCGUCAUGGCCGUCAUGUUCUGCCUCUGGUGCGCGAAGCGGUGACGGCGGCGCGCGCCCGGCGACGCGCGGACGGGUCCUCCCCACAUUACAUGCACGGAGGGGGAGCGGGGCGGGGCGUCCGGGGGACCGCCGCCGGCUCGGACAGGCGGGUGGGGCGGGAAGGGGGGGGGGGGG